AUGUUUUCGUGUUGCUGCAACCCGCUCGACCCUGGCGAGAGUUUGGAAUUCCCCACGAAGCGGAAGAUACAUCAUGCCAAGAUCCGGCCGUUGUUGACAGACUUGGAGGCGCAAUUUCAAGAGAAUUGUGGUGAAGACGGCAUGCUGGACAGAGCGGAACUUGGGGAGAUCUGGAAGAAAGUCGCCUGCAGCAAGGUCGGCAAGCUCAGCAAGGAAGAAGAGGAAUUGAUCGAUCAUAGCUGCGACACUUUUUUCUCGCAGAUGGACAUGUCCAAUGAUGGCUAUGUCUCCUACGAAGAGUUUGCCACAUUUAUGCUCGGCACAGACGAGUCGAGGGGUGGGCUGGACAUGCGGACGUGGAGGAAAGACGUCAAUACGUCCUUGAAGAAGAACCCGAAGAAGCUGGACGACAUGAUCAGGCAGUUCAAGACCUGGGACAAGAACGGCGACGGGAAAAUCACCAAAGAGGAGUUGGAAGAGGUGUUGAAGGAUAUGCACAACAGUGCAGACUGCAGUGAUAAUGAUAUCCAAUCUACCGAUUGGAGAGCAUCAGGGACAACAUUUUCGACGCCGCAGACCUUGAAGGCGACGGGAUGGUCGACUUGUGGGAGGUGA